ACGUGGGAGUGCAAAUACUUCUAAAUGAAUAAUCAGAAAGAAGACAUGGAGAUUGCCUCCCAUUAUCAUCAUCUGCUUCAGGAACUCAAUGAACAAAGGCAGCAUGGCAUCCUCUGCGAUGUUUGCAUUAUAGUGGAGGGAAAGAUUUUCAAGGCUCACAAAAAUAUUUUACUUGGGAGUAGCCGUUACUUCAAGACACUGUAUUGUCAGGUGCAGAAGACCUCCGACCAAGCCACAGUCACUCAUUUGGAUAUUGUAACGGCACAGGGCUUUAAAGCCAUCAUUGACUUCAUGUACUCAGCACACCUUGCAUUGACCAGCAGGAAUGUUAUUGAGGUGAUGUCAGCGGCCAGCUAUCUUCAAAUGACCGACAUUGUGCAAGCUUGUCACAAUUUCAUCAAGGCUGCUCUUGACAUAAGCAUAAAGUCUGAUGCAUCCGACGACCUUAUUGAUUAUGAAUUUGGGGCUUCCUCUAGCAGUAGUACGGAUGCUCUGAUUUCUGCUGUUGUAGCUGGUAGGAGCAUAUCUCCCUGGCUGGCUCGACGGACAAGUCCGGCAAACUCUUCUGGAGAUUCGGCUAUUGCUAGCUGUCACGAAGGAGGAAGUACCUGUGGAAAAGAAGAUCAAGAGCCAAAAUCAGAUAGUCACGAUGACAUUUCAUCCCAGUCACUUUGGUCUACUGACUUGGGCUAUGGGACUUUGCGUGUCAAAGAAGAACAGAUCUCUCCACCUCAUUAUGGGGGAAAUGAAUUGCAGUCGGCCAAAGAUAGUGCAAUGCAAAAUGCUUUCUCAGAACAAGGAACUACAGAUGGGUGGCAGCCUACAGGGCGUAGGAAGAAUAGAAAAAACAAGGAUACUGUGCGCCACAUUACACAACAAUUUGGAAGUGACAGCAGGACAACUUCACCAGUGCCUCCCUUUCUAACUGCCCCUGGAUGGCCAUACAGUCAUCAAGAAGCAAGUGUGGAUCUGACAGGGGCAGAGCCCAACAAUUCUGACAACAGAAUAGAGAGAGUGGAUCUUUAUGCAAAGGUUGACGAAGCACUCCUAGGAGGUGAAGUGAGUUAUCUCUCUCAGCCACUUACUCCAGAGAAAGAGGAUGCACUUCAGGCUGUAGCAGUUGCUAACUUGCGGGCAGCUCUUAUGAGCAAGAAUAGCUUAUUGUCCUUGAAAGCUGACCUGCUGGGAGAAGAGAGUUCACUGCUCUUUGAAUAUUUACCCAAAGGCACACAUUCCUUGUCUUUAAAUGAGUUCACGGUCAUCAGGAAGAAGUUCAAGUGUCCUUACUGCAGCUUCUCGGCCAUGCACCAGUGCAUCCUGAAAAGGCACAUGCGGUCCCACACAGGGGAACGGCCCUACCCGUGUGAAAUUUGCGGGAAGAAAUUCACCCGGCGAGAGCACAUGAAGCGGCACACCUUGGUCCACAGCAAAGACAAAAAAUACGUCUGCAAAGUGUGCAGCCGGGUGUUCAUGUCUGCCGCCAGCGUGGGCAUCAAGCACGGCUCCCGGCGCCACGGCGUGUGCACCGACUGCUCCGGCCACGGCCUGGCCGGCCACUUAGAGGUUGGCGGCGGAGACGGGUCCCCGGAGGGCUUGUACGGCCCCUACGCUGAAGACCCCGAGGAUCUCAAGGCGGAAGGAGACGAAGACGUGGGGGAAGAAGAGGAGCUGAAAUGGAAAGAGGAGGCCGAGAUUUCCCAAGACGAGGCGAUUCUGGAAAACGAGAAGGAUGGCAGUGACUCUGGCCCGGAGCAGGAGAACCCUGAGAAGACCAACAAGGAUUUCACUUGGAUUUCUUAG